AUGGGCCGCCUUCGCAACCUCUCCGAGAGCUUCAGGGCUGCGGCAUUCAGCAAUUCGACCCUCUCCAUCCCUUCGCUGGCCAAGUCCUCUUCCCCCGGCCACACUGAAGUCGUCGACAAGGACUUACCGUCACCGGCACGGUACCAGGACUCCCCAACACCCACCGAAACCCCUCAAACCACCCCUCGGACAGACCGGGUUGUGUCCCGCCCAACGUCCAUGGUGUACACGCCUCCGUCAAUGGAGUUGGACAGAGAAAAUCACAUCGAGGAGUUGAGACCGGUGUUCAGCUUCCUCUCAAGUCACGGCAACAAGCUCUAUCAAGAAGGGUACUUUCUCAAACUGAAUGAUCUUGACACUCAUGGAAGACCCAACGCGGAUCGCAACUGGACUGAAUGCUUUGCUCAACUGGUGGGCACUGUACUUUCGCUUUGGGACGCGGCUGCUUUGGACACCGCUGGUCAAGACGGAGAAGUGGCUCCCACAUUCAUCAACCUGGCGGAUGCCUCCAUUAAGAUGAUCGAGACGCUCCCUACACGAAAUCCCGAUGUUCAGCCUUUACAGAAUGUGCUGUCGAUAUCCACAGCAGGAAAGAAUCGCUAUUUGCUGCAUUUUAACUCGCUGCAUUCUUUGACACAGUGGACGGCUGGCAUCAGACUCGCAAUGUUUGAACAUGCCUCGCUCCAGGAACUUUAUACGGGCUCCCUGAUUGCCGGCAAAGGAAAAUACUUGAACAAUAUCCGAACGAUCAUGGAAUGGACAAAGUUCAAGGUGGAAGAUUGGGCCCGUGUUCGAUUUGGUGCUGGCACUCCAUGGAGACGAUGCUGGUGUGUGAUAGAGCCUCCCGAUGAAAAAGAAUGGCAACGGUCGAACAAGUCUUUGAAGAAAAAAUCAGCGUACGACAAACCCUCCUUGCCAAAGGGGGUCAUCAAAUUCUAUGAUACCAAGAAAACUAAAAAGGCCCUGCCUAUAGCGACCAUUACCGAUGCAUAUUCGGCAUAUGCCAUUUAUCCCCAGUCGAAACCGUUGAUCGAUCAAUCCACCCUGGUGAAAGUCGAAGGCCGAAUCACGAUACACUCAAAACCAGAAUCGAAGACUGAAGGCUUUGUUUUCGUUAUGCCCGAAGUACACCCCGCAGUCUCAGGUUUUGAGAUGAUGCUUCGUUGGCUUUUCCCAGUUUACGACAUUUUCCAUCUCUAUGGCCGUCCUCAGCGAUUGAUCGCCGACACAUGGGACACCCGAGGCCUCAUGUUUGCGAUGCCGCGAGACCGGAGAUACGGCUAUCUCGAUAUCAUUGACGUUGCAGCGCUAAUCCACUCUCAAGGUAGUGAAAAAUGGAGCGAACGCGAAUGGCGUAAACAGUUGAAAGAGGCCACCUCCAAGCGAAUGUCAAUGACCGCGCAGGGACGGUCGAGCAGCAACUUGGAGAACCGGCGAGCAAAUCGAGUGUUUUCGGAAUCGAGGCAAGGUGUGCACUACUACGACGAUGCCGACUCGGUUCGUUCGUCGCCACCUUCUCGACACCAGCACAAUCAAUCAACGGAUGCAGUGUUUGCUUCCCCUAAGAAAUCUGCGACAGCCCCUGCGAACAUCGCGUAUCUUUCGCCCGGGCAAAAUCACCAUUCGAGGUCUGUAUCAGAAUCCGUUGCGUACAUGUCGCCGACCCAGAAUCGUCGCCAGCACGAAAAUUACAAUCCAUCUAGAUUGUCCGCUGAAUACAGCGAGAUGGAGCCUAUUCAGCCUCCCCCGGCUCCUCCAGCUCAUCGAAACCCAUUCAAGAGCAACGCCAUACAUAGUGAAGUCGAAACAUCAGACAGCCGGUACAGCUCGGAUAGCGACGGUCAAGGGCCGCGGACUCAUCCGGAAGAUAUUCAAGAAGAUGUGGGGGAAGCAACACCGCCUGCACCAGUGGUGGCUCCCCCAGAGAUGCAGCAUCAACACAGUGACGUCCCACAGAGGCGACCUGAUGUCCGGCCAGACUUGAGACGUGAGAGAAGUCGCAUGUCAAAUGGAACAUUGUCUCAGAUUGUCGAUGUGAAUAAACUCGCGAGCGGUGGGGCGGCGGGGCAUGCAGCGUUGGUGGCGUGGAAUAAUGGCCUGCAAGGCGAGAAUCAGGGGCCUCGAGGGGUAAAUGAGACCCCUCGCGACGAAGAAAUAUCUGCUAAUCAACAUGUGUCUCAAGAAGUGGUAGCAGAAGGUGCUUAUAUGCCAAACCCUGCUGAUGUCAGACCAGAACCUCCUCGGCUCCCUACCGAACAUUCAACAGCCUCAAAACCAAUCCAUCGAAAGCCGGUCCCGACCACAAAAACAGCUUUCUUAGCGCCAUCAUAUCGUGCUCAGUCGCCCGACAGUAUGUCCAAAUAUUCAGCCUCGAGCUACGACAGGGCGCAGAGCAGCUCACCAGACUAUGACAGCCUUCCUGAGAACGAUGAUCGUCCCGUCUUUAGCAGAAAGACCAGGACAGGCGUCUUAAAAACUGUCGGAGAUCCUCAACUAUCUGGUAACCAACAAGAUUCGGUGAAAAGCGACGUACCUGCCGUUGACUUUGGCAUGACCUUUACACCAAGCUUGACUCCGGGGCACAGUCGCCCUCCGACGGCUUCUGGGAUCACCGGUGGGAUUACCGGACGGCAGUCGCCAUUCGAUCGGCCCUUGACGGCUCCCGCAACCCCGUUGACCAGAUCUCCUCAGGAAGAGCGAGCCUCUCCAACCCACUUGACUCCUAGCGACGAGCAAAGAUCUCCGUUGGCCGGGAGGGACAGCCCCAGGGGAAAUCACUCUCGGUCGUCGAGCUAUGCCUGGCAUCCUGGAUCGACCUUGGCGAGACACAACUCUAUGGGAGGUUUAACAGCUGAGGAGUUCGUCCAACAACGCGCUGUCGCUGCAAGGGUUCCACAUGGCUAUGUCCCUCACCGGAGCGUUUCCUACAGCAAAGUCGAGCAAUCUCCGAACAAACUGCAGAAAAAAAGAGAUUCAAUGCUCCGAUCCAGCUCGAGACAAUCAUUGUUGGUCGAUCCAUCAUCGCAUUUAUCGGCCCGGGAGCAGGAACAUGUUGCAAGGAUGACAGGCGGUCCACUGAUUCAGGUGAUUGACAGAAGCAGGACGCCAGACCCGUUAGUCGGGCUGAUUGGGGCGAUUGAGGCACGAGAGCAGGAAAGGAGAAAUAUCAAAGAAGGGGUCGCCGGUCAUAUGGUCCAAGAGGCCAUAGCGCAAAGGCAGGCGGCGGAGCGCACCUACGGAAGCACCUACGGAGUGCAGCAACAUUCCGCUUACAAUUCGCCGGUCGACGUCAGACAGAGUGGUCAAUGGAUCAACGCCCAAGCGCCUGCGUACUGGACUGGUACCGUGCCACAACAGCCGCAGCAAGUCUGGUCAAAUCAGCCGGGUUGGCAGUAUGAACCACAGACUCAGGUCCAGGGACAGCAAAUGCAACAGAUGCAGCAUCAGCAGCCGAACCAGAUGUAUAAUGCGAGAUUCAGUGGAUAUUAUGUGCCACCUCCUGGCCAUGAUGGGUCACGGUAG